UUGGGGUCACGGAGAGGAGACCGCCGGCCGAGGACAUGGCGCCGAUCGCCUCACCGCUCGCCGGCCUGCUGAUCGCAGCGGCUGCCUCCACUGUGCAGGCGGGCGAUGAGUGGACCUACUACGGACAAGCUGGCCCCGACCACUGGCCAACCAUGGGCUUCUCCCAGUGCUCCGGGGAGCGGCAGUCUCCGAUCAAUGUCGUCACAAACCGCGUCAUUCCCACAACCUUCAAGCCAAUCACAUUCCAUCACUUCGACCAGAUCCCGCUCAGCCUCAAUUUUUCGAACAACCACCACUCAGCGACAGCAAAAAUGAGCUGGGAAAGGUUGCCGAUGAUACAAGACGGGGGUCUUCCCGGCCGAUACGAGGUGGUCAACUUCCACUUCCACUGGGGCGAAGACGACUUCAAGGGUUCGGAGCAUACCAUUGAUGGCGAAAGCUAUCCUCUGGAGAUGCACGUGGUCUGCAAGAACACCAAGUACAAGGAGCUCUCCGACGCGCUUCUGCAUUCGGAUGGGCUCGCUGUCCUGGGAGUCAUGUAUGAGCUGAGUGAAACCAACAAUCGGGCCCUGCGGAGCUUGGAGCCGGCGCUUCGAGGAAUCACCGCUGGCGGCGCCACUGUCGAGGUGGCCGACCCGCCCCGCCUGUUGGAGCUCAUGCCAUGGAACACAUUCCAUUUCUACCGCUACGAUGGUUCGCUGACCACACCCGGCUGCCAGGAGGCCGUGACUUGGACCAUUUUCCUUCAGCCGCUCAAGGUCACCGCGCGGCAGGUGGAGCUGUUCCGGGCGCUGCGCGGUGGCCCAGCACCGAUCGGCUUCAACUACCGGCCCCUGCAGCGGCGGUACAACCGGGCCGUGUUCCUCAGCGCGCCGGCAGCAGUGCCUCGCAGCGUAUGGCGGGGCCAGACCACCGUCGAACAGACCGGCAGCUCCGGCCGCCCGCUGGCCGGCUCAACGACCCUGCCAUUGCCGCUGUCGCUGCUGAUGCUGAUGCUGCUGGUGCUGAAACUAAGGCUGGCGGAUUGCUGACCAGCACCAGUCUGCUGGGAGCGUUGGAGAACUUCGAGGAUGUUGUGAUGCUGCUGCUGCGAGUGGCUGAGCUCAUAUGCGCCAGCUGCUGGCCACUUCAAACUCUUUGUGUCAAUUUUGUCAGCUUGCUAUUUACCCUGGUGCACGUCGCACGGCGGUUGGCCAUCAUCCUACCGGAGUUUUUUCACCUUCGCUCUAAGAGGGGGUGAUCAGAUGCCUCCCUAAGACCUUGACACUAAGCAACUUACAGCCACGAGGAAAGGGGCAUUGACAAACUGACGUCAAACUGCAUCAGGUAGGUACUUGUUCAUGUUAUUUUCUUUUAGCGCCAACAAAGCAGCACUCCACUAACGAGUGAAGUCGUUUAAUUUAAGAUACAAUGAAUACACAGCCUACAGUAGUAUGAACAUAGAUUAAAGAUGAAAUUUCCCAACGCUAAGUGAUAAUGCUACAGAGUUAACACGUACUUGAUCACAUAACUAAAAAUGUCAAAACUAUCAUGAAUGAUAUCCAAGCUAGUGCCGCUCUCUAAAAAAAAGCGCGAGGUACAGCGAGCGGACUUCGGGUGCAGGUCGAUGGAGGCGGCGCAAGCAAAGAGAAAGAGUUUAACAAGAUUUUAGAGCCAACUUUACCUUGGAAGAUGUUUCUCGGAAAGAGUAGAUCGUGCAGCACUCUUCGUACUGAUGGGGGAUGGGAUUUUGAAUCGAAACAGAAGGCUGUCGUAAGGAGGAGAAGCUGUUUGCCGGAGAAUGUGUAAGUAAGCAACCAAAUAAGAAAAUUAUGCUGCACUCGUUCGACCCGCACUGUGUAGGCAUUGGCCGCCCCCAUCCAGGCCACGCUACAAUAUUUUAAAACCGAUCCUUCUGGUGCCGACUUGCAAGUUCUGAAUGAGGAGACCAAGCGCUCAAUUGCCCCACUGACUAAGUCAGAUACAUUUGAAGCGAACGUUAGUUUGGUAUCCGGCGUUACGCCAAGGUUCUUAAUUGUAUACCAAUUUUCAAGCUCAAUUACAUCGAUAAUAUUAUUGGUCUGGGCGCGAGCAUGUCUGAGGAUCGUCGUGAACGUUUUACAUUUUACAUGGUUGAGGGUCAGUCCCCACCUGACCAAACAUACUACCGGAUGAUCGAGAUCGUUCUGCAUAUGCAUGUAUGUAGAAUUAUCUCGAACAUUGUAUGCUUGAGCAAUGGUGAAGGUGAUCUUUGAAAUGCAAAAUCAGGCUAAAUGGGCCAAGUUAGCGCUUUGUUUGACACAUUGAAUUCCUGAAAAACUAAGCAUGCCAUGAAAAUGUCAAAGGUAGUAUUGAAUAGUUCUCGAAAACCUCUCUCAGAUGUGUAUCAGCGAAUACCGACACAUGUGACCCGCUGUAGGUUACGUCAUUUCAAAGGAGUGGAAGCGUUUAUUGCAUUGUUCCAUUUGACUGUGCGAAAUACUAACCAACCUACACCAAUGACGAGAACAGGGUUAGAAAAGCCUUAGAGCGCAAAGCCUUACGGCCUUGCGAAGGCCGUAAGACUGUGCCGUUUUUGCCUAAAUCGUGACUUUUACAAAAUCAACCUAAGCCACAAAUGUCGAAGUUUGGACUAGCUUGACCUUGGAUGGCCUAGCCUUGCGAAACCACCGGAACGUUUGUGAUGCGAUACAGAGUUACAUAGAUCAAACGGUGAUGUAUAGAGAGCCUGUGGAGUGCAAUUCCUGCGAAAAAUAAGGGUAAUUUGUCAUUCUUUUAGCACAAUUUUACCGCCAUGACAUAGUCAUGAACAUAAUCAUUGAUGUGAAUCCUUCCACGCGGUGGUUUUUAUGACCUCAGUCAAUGCGUUUGCAUGAUGCUGCAAAAUACAAGGCAAGGUAUUACGAACUGACAUAGUAAAAGUACAACAUGGCGCUUCUCAGGGUGCUCACUAUGAACACAUGUACACAAUACACAAGGCAAAUGCACAAUACAACCAUCACAAGUGCAGUGCUAUGAUAUCAAGCAUUGCUUUCCCCGGUGGCCGGCUCUGCACACCUGGCGUUCCAGGAUGCUGCUGCUUUGUACGCAAACUCGCCAAGCUUCGGCGCGUCGACACCUCUGGAACUGUAGUAUCCCGGCCGCCGCUGCACGGGCGUCGCACAUUGCAUAGGCGCAGCGGACAACAUGCCUGAUAUAGCUGGGAGACACUGGCUGUGGUGCAGAGCUUUCUGUACCUGUGCACAGUCGUGGCGGUGCACCAACUCCGCCACCCUUGACAGCCAAGCUCUAGUAGUGCUGGCGGAAGCGGACACUUGGGGCUCCUCCCCAGACAGAAAGGCAGUAAUGGAACUGUGGGAAACUCGGGCCUGGACUGGGAGUUUGAGGACGUCGGAUCUAAAAUGAUGUCGGAGAUCGUGGAGGGAUGAUGGGAUGGAGUUACACCGACAAACCACCAUUGAUACAUGCAAGUCUCACGUCACAUGCGGAUCGAGGAGUGCGCCAAACAAGUCAGCGAUUUUACUUCGAUGCAUAUCUUGGAUGCAUUAUAUCAAAGAAGAGGUCAUAAUGAGUGAAUUGUCGGAGUCGAACGCUUCAAAUGAAAUUGGGCUCCUCCAGAGCAUGUUAAGACAUUUCUUACAUAACAUUCUGCCCUUUGCCUUCGUCUGUAACGCUAGGGGCUAAAACGCUGUCGGGUUUAAAACACUGACAAUAGUACUGGCCUCC